GGCCUGCUCGCAUGUUUCUAAUCUUGUGGUUUUUUGAUCACUUUUCGCUUGAAUAUUUCCAUGAAAUCCCACAAAAAUCCACACAAUCACCACCAAGACUUUUCUUCAGCGAACGAUUUGGCACUUCCACGCAACUGAACCAAUAACCCUCUAAGAAAGAUACUUUAACAAUACCCGAUCAUCUAUUCAACUAGAUCAACAAAAAUGCCACCAAAAGCAGAGACCCCCUUGUCCGACACCGAAAAAUGUCUCGUUGCGGUCCUUAGUCAAAUUCUCUCGGAAGAAAACAAGGUUCCCAAGUUGAACAAUGUCAAGCUCGCUGAGGAUCUUGGACUUCCCACCCCUGAUGCUGCUCGCGUUCGUUGGGCUCGCAUUGCUAAGAAGAUUAAGGAUGGAAAGUUCGAAGAUUUGAAGAUCGGUACUGGUGGUAACGCCCAGAAGCGCAACAAAGAAAAGGCCGGCAUUGAAGAUGGAGGUGAAGGAACGGAUGAUGUAACUUCUGCUACCAAGAAGCAAAAGACUAGGAACCCUCGCAAGAAGGCUGGUGGCGCUAGUGGAAAGGCCGAGGAGAUCAAACAAGAGCCGUCCAUGGAUGAAGGUGAAGGCUCCGGAUUCAAUGUCUUUGAGAACUCUGAUUUGGUUUAGAGAUACUGCAGGGUCUAAGGAAUAGAGUUUACUAGAAUUCUGGGGUUAUCAUUGAGAUAGUUGGGAACUACACAGAUUUGUCAGGAAGUCAACCUAAUCAGCUGACAAAUUAAUCAAUGAAACA